AUGCCUGCCGUAAUGAGCGUCAACGGCAGCAGCUCCGGCGGCCCCGGUGACAUACCAGCCAAGCUCACCGCCCAAGUACUUGUAUGCUCCAUCAUCGCGGCCUUCGGUGGCCUCAUGUUUGGUUACGACAUUGGCAUUUCAGGAGGGGUGACAUCCAUGGAUGAAUUCUUGGAGGAGUUUUUUCCACAUGUUUACGUGAAAAAACACCAUGCAAAAGAAGAUAACUACUGCAAAUUCGACGAUCAAUAUCUCCAGCUUUUCACAUCUUCUCUCUACCUCGCGGCGGUGGUUUGCAGUCUUUUCGCAUCGAAAUGUUGUAAAAGAUAUGGCCGGAAACUCACCAUACAGCUGGCGUCGUUGUUCUUUCUGGCCGGUGUCAUUCUCACCGCCUGUGCCGUGAACCUCGCCAUGCUCAUCUUUGGUAGGCUUUUUCUCGGCGCCGGUGUUGGAUUUGGUAACCAGGCUGUGCCAUUGUUCAUAUCAGAGAUUGCUCCGGCAAGGUAUAGAGGUGGCCUAAACGUCUGCUUCCAGCUGCUAGUGACGGUGGGUAUCUUAUGUGCAAGCAUUGUUAACUAUUUCACCGCAACCCACCCACAUGGAUGGAGGAUUUCAUUAGGUGGCGCAGCCAUUCCAGCUCUUUUUCUUGCAAUUGGAUCCUUACUAAUCGUGGAGACUCCUACAAGUCUUAUUGAGCGUGGAAAUCCACAACAAGGGCUUGAAACUCUUCAAAAGAUCCGAGGGGUUCAAGAUGUGCAAAAAGAAUAUGAUGAAAUAGUAAAUGCAACGGAAAUAGCGAAGCAAAUCAAGCAUCCAUUCAAGAACUUAAUGAAGCGAUCAAGUCGACCUCAGCUUGUGGUCUCGAUGGUCCUUCAAUUGUUCCAGCAGUUUACUGGCAUUAAUGUGAUCAUGUUUUAUGCACCCGUUUUGUUUCAAACAAUGGGGUUUGGGAGUGAUGCAUCGCUAUUGUCGGCUGUUACUACUGGGUGUGUUAAUGUGUUGGCUACAUUGGUGGCAGUUUUUGGGGUUGAUAAGUUUGGAAGAAGGUUCUUGCUUAUUGAAGCUUCGAUUCAAAUGCUUAUUGCACAGAGUAUUACAGGAGGAAUACUUGCAGCAUUCUUGAAAUCUACGAAUGUUUUACCAAAGAAAUAUUCAUAUCUAGUGCUAUUCUUGAUAUGCUUUUUCGUAUCUGGUUUUGCAUGGUCAUGGGGUCCUUUAGGGUGGUUGAUUCCUAGUGAGAUAUUUCCAUUAGAGACCAGAACGGCUGGUUUCUUUUGUGCAGUUAGCAUGAACAUGAUCUUCACCUUCAUUGUGGCUCAAGCUUUUCUAACAACACUUUGUCAUAUGCGUGCUGGAAUCUUCUUCUUCUUCUGUGGGUGGAUUGUGAUAAUGGGGAUUUUUGCUUAUUCCUUUUUGCCGGAAACCAAAGGUGUCUCAAUAGAUGAAAUGAACGAUAAGGUAUGGAAAAAGCAUUGGUUUUGGAAAAGAUACUUCAGGGAAGAUCCUGAUCAACACGACAAGCCUUGAUCAUAAUUGUAGGAUGUUUUAUGUCGUUUCAGAUUUUUUUUUCUUUUAUAUUAUCGUAAAUUUAUUUUUAUUUUUGUCAGAACUCUUUAAUGGCUUCGUGGUGUUUUUGGAUAAAAUGUUUUUAGACUUGUGGAUUCGUAGUAUAUGUUUAUGUUCUUUUUACUAGUUUUCGUUUUUAUGUGUUUAUUAAUGUUUAUUUUUUGCUAUACUUUAUUACAAAAUGACAUUGAUAAAUACUCACAUGCAUGCUAAAUCCGUAACAUAACUAAAAUGUGACAUUGAUAAAUACUCACAUGCAUGCUAAAUCCGUAACAUAACAAAAAUGUGAAUCUAAGGGUAGAGGGACUCAUACCUCCCAACCAAUUCAAUGAGCUUCAUAUCAGUUUUCUCUCUUUUUCUUUCAUUCAUCUUUCCCAACUUACAAUACAUGAAAAUCCUACUCUACAAGAAAACGCAAGCAUUAGCGGCGACAAACAACUUCCGCAUUCUUUGUCGCCACUAAAGGUGUAUGUCGCCACUAAUGGCUACACGUUAUCGAUCCG